GUCUUGGGUGAUUGCUCUUCAUGGCUGUGAGGGAGAUUUUUGUUUGGAGAGGGCUCAUUUUAGCCCUUUUCCUCUUUGCUGUUGAUGGACAGAAAAGGCCAUUAUUCAUGGUGACGUUCCCUGCAGUGAUUGAAUCUGGAUCAGAUGCCAAAUUGUGUGCAAGUCUUCUGAAACCCCAAGGACGUCUCACAAUGACUGUUUCCCUGCUUGAUGAUAAAAGGACGACUCGACUUGUGCAGCAAGUUUCUUCAAAGCCAUUUCACCGCUGCUUUAGUUUCCAGGCUCCUCGAGUAGAUGGAGAAUCUGUUCAGAUGCUGAAGGUAGAAGUUCAAGGGAAUGUCUUCAGGGCGUCUGAUGAGAGGAAAGUCAUGUUCAAACGUUACUUGCCUUUGACCUUCAUCCAAACAGACAAACCCAUCUACAAUCCAGGACAAACGGUGAAUUUCAGAGUUGUCACCAUGGAUGCCAAAUUUGUGCCUCUUGAUCAGAUGUACAAUCUGGUGGUGGUGGAGGACAAUAACAGUAACCGGAUUGGUCAGUGGACAAACAUUUCCUCAACGGACUGGAUAUUGCAGCUUUCUCACGAGUUAAACCCAGAGGCUCAGAUGGGGAUGUACACAUUAAAGGCUUUUAUUGGUGACCAAAUGGUCUCCCAUGUUUUUGAGGUGAAAAAAUACGUUUUGCCCAAGUUUGAUGUGACCGUAAACACACCACAGAUGUACAGUGUUGGAGAUGUGGGACUGAAAGUUGAGGCUUGUGCCAAAUACACAUAUGGCCAACCUGUACCUGGCCAAGCCUUGGUGGAAGUGUGCCGUGAUCCCUUUCCAUACGCUGCGGUUCCUGAUUUGACCCGUCGUUGCCUGACUAAAACUGCAAAGAUGAACGCCACUGGCUGUGUCUUCCUUAAUGUCGACGCAUCAAUGUUUUUUGGCACCAAAUUUGAAAAUAAUAUGCAAGACACUUUUUUUGUAAGUGUGAACGUCACUGAGGAGGGAACAGAUGUAGUGAUGUCAAAAUCUGCAACAGUGUCCAUUACGUUUGAAGUUGGCAAAGUCAAGUUUGUGGACAUCCCGGAAUAUUUUGAACCUGGAUCAAUGAUUAAUGGGAAGAUAUCAGUGUCUCGUUUCGAUGGUACUCCAAUUGCAAACAAUUUGGUUUAUCUCCUGGAUGGGAACAGCUGGCCCAAUAAAGUGCUGAUGGAUCUGACCACAAACCAGAAAGGACUGGCCACAUUUUCUCUCAACACUGCCAAUCUUCCUAAAGCUGCUCUCAAUCUGGUGGCAAGUGUGACUGUAGUGGUUGAUAAUGGUUACAAAUUGCCAUACCUCACUACAGAUUCAAGAGUUGUUCAGCUUCUCCAUCCUGAUUCCUCCAGUAACCCAUCUAGUGAACUGACUAUAGUGAAGCUCGAGCAGCCGCUCAAAUGUGGUGCUACGUUUCCAGUGACUGUGAAGUAUUUAUUUGUUGGAGAGGCUGGUGGCUACAGCACUGACCUCAUCUAUAUGGUCUUGUCCAGAGGAGUGAUCGUACUCCAUGGAUUUGAGACGGUCAAAGCGAGGGGUUCUAGUACCGUCACAAGUGGCUCGGUGUCGUUCCAGCUAUCUGUCAGUGGCGAUAUGGCUCCAGAAGUGCAGAUUCUGGUCUACUGCGUUCUGCCCAGUGAGAAUGUGGUUGUUGGUAGUGCGUGGUUUGAGACCGAAACUUGUCUCCCAAACCAAGUGUCUCUAAAGUUCUCUCCUGCUACGGCCGUUCCUGCUGAGAAAAAUGUUCUGACGGUCUCUGCUCAAGCAGGAUCUCUGUGUGGCAUCAGUGCUGUAGAUCAGAGCAUCCGGAUCUUGGAGCCAGGAAGACGCCUGAGCGCAAAAAUGGUGUUUGACUUGCUUCCGGUGCGAUCCCUAUCGGGCUACCCAUACAAUGUUCAGGAUGACUCUGAGUGUCUAGGUUUUCCACCCAGUCUAGCUUUUGACAGAGAUCCUGCCUACACUGCUCCUACAAAUGAAGCCUAUACAACCUUCAAGAGCCUGGGAAUGAAGGUCGUAACUAAUCUCGCUGUACACGCCCCUCCGUGCGCGCUGUAUCCCAGUUUCCCAGAUGCUCUUCCAGCUCUUCCAGUGGUUCUUUCAGAGGCUCUUCCAGAUGGAGGCGACACUUCCUCUUCUGUAGUGACUGUCAGGAGUUACUUUCCAGAAACAUGGCUCUGGCAGCUUACUGAAGUGGGAAACACUGGAUCUACACGAGUUCCUCUCACUGUUCCUGACACAAUCACUACAUGGGAGACUGAGGCGUUCUGCCUGUCCUCUAAAGGUUUUGGUCUGGCUCCUCCUGCUCUGCUGACGGUCUUCCAGCCCUUCUUCCUGGAGCUCUCCCUGCCCUAUUCCAUCGUCCGUGGAGAGUCUUUUGAUCUGAAGGCCACGGUCUUCAGCUAUCUGUCCAAGUGCAUCAUGGUUAAAGUAACUCCAGAUUCAUCCACGGACUUCACUCUUGAACCAUAUUCUGAACCGUAUGUGUCCUGUCUUUGUGCCAAUGGCAGAAAAACCUUCAAAUGGGUUCUCUCAGCUUCUGUUCUCGGAGCCGUCAAUGUGACUGUCAAUGCUUCAGCUGAAUCAUCCCGGACUCGAUGUGGCACUGAGGUUGUGACCGUACCGACGAAAGGACGGGUUGACCUAGUCACUCGAAGUCUACUUGUCCUGCCUGAAGGAGUUGAAAGGACAAACACCCAGAGUUGGUUACUGUGUCCAAAGGGAAACGUUCUUUAUGAAGAUGUGACUCUGAUGUUUCCAAAAAACGUGAUUCAAGGAUCUGCCAGAUGCUCAGUUUCAGUCCUUGGGGACAUAAUGGGUCGUGCACUGAAGAAUCUAGAUAAGUUAUUACAGAUGCCAUCUGGCUGUGGAGAACAGAAUAUGAUCAUUCUUGCUCCCAAUAUUUACAUCCUGUUGUAUCUGGAAGUCACGGGCCAACUCACUGCAGCCAUCCGAGAGACCGCCACAGGCUUCCUUCAGAGCGGAUACCAAGGACAACUGAACUACAGACACAGUGACGGAUCAUUCAGCACAUUUGGUUAUGAUGCGUCCAAUACAUGGUUGACUGCCUUUGUUAUGAGGUCCUUUGGUCUUGCGAGGCAGUUUAUCUUCAUAGAUCCGAAUGUCCUGCAGAGUGCAAAGGAUUGGUUGAUCAGCACGCAGGGUUCAGAUGGCUGUUUCAUUCAGCAGGGAACUCUGUACCAUAGUGAAAUGAAGGGUGGAGUUGGUGACAGUGUGACUAUGACUGCCUACAUUGUUGCAUCGCUGCUUGAACUAGGUGUCCCUACCACGGACCCUGUAAUUACCAACGGUCUGUCAUGCUUGAGGCCAGUCAUUGGGAACCUGGGGAACACUUAUGCCACGGCUCUGCUGACCUACACCUUCAGUCUGGCUGGAGAGACCACCACUCGAUCACAGCUUCUAACUGCCUUAGACAGCCUUGCUAUUUCUGAAGGCACUAAACUCCAUUGGUCUCAGACGACAUCUGGUGAUACUCUGGCGGUGGAGAUCAGCUCUUACGUGCUGCUAGCAGUUCUCGCUGUUCAGCCUCUCACAACGGCUGAUCUGGGCUAUGCUAACCGCAUUGUCAACUGGCUCGUGACCCAGCAGAAUCCCUAUGGAGGCUUCUCCUCCACCCAGGACACAGUGGUGGCUCUUCAUGCCCUGUCUGUGUACGCUGCUCAAGUGUUCAGCUUGGACGGCUCCAGCUCUGUUACCGUACAGUCCUCAGGAGGAGACUCUUACAGCUUCAAAGUGAAUCGGGACAACAGGCUGCUGUAUCAGGAGAAGCCGCUGAAGAACGUUCCUGGAAAAUUUAGUGUUAAAGUGUCAGGAUCCACCUGUGUGUCUUUACAGGUUGCGUGUUUCUACAACAUCCCAACACCCGUUAAAGUCUCCAAGACGCUGCGUGUCGAAGCGAAGGUGACUGGAGACUGCCAAGCGCGUGUAGCCAAUCUCAUGUUGAAGUUCACUGUGAAAUACGACGGUGUAAAAUCAAGCACUAACAUGGUUAUCGUGGACAUUAAACUCCUGUCGGGCUUCACUGCAGAUACAUCACUGCUCGGUUCUUCACCCCAAUCGUUUGCUCCGCUAGUGGAACGGGUUGAUGCUGAAGAUGAUGGUGUCAUAGUGUAUCUGAAAGAGGUUCCCAAAGGCGUCCCCAUGAGUUACACUCUGCAGCUGAAUCAGGUUCUUGCAGUGGACAAUCUCAAGCCAGCAGUCAUAAAGGUUUAUGACUACUAUCAGACAAGUGAUUCGUUUGAGACUACCUACACAUCUCCCUGUUCAUGAUUCGAUUCAGUACUGGCUAUAGGAUGCUUGACAAAUAAAACCCCUUUUAGAACCAG